AUGAGUAAUAUAUCUACUACCACUACUACUACUACAAACAAUGUGACUACAUCUGACAUACCAACAGAAUUAGAUCUUGCUUUUAUUAUUGAUGCUACCUCUAGUAUGUCCGGAUACAUUAAAUCUGCUCAAGAGAAUAUGCGAAAAAUCAUUGAAGAUAUUAUAAAGAGUGAACAUUGUUUAUUGAAUACUGCUUUAAUCCUCUAUCGUGAUCACCCACCACAAGACAGUACAUUUGUUAUUAAAGUUCAUGAUUUUACAGACGAUGCAGAAGAAGCAAAAACGAAUAUUGAUGCGGCUGCUGCUUAUGGAGGUGGAGAUGGGCCUGAAGCAGUAGCACCUGCACUACAUGCAGCUGUUCAUACUUUGUCAUGGAGAAAGGAUGCAGUAAAAAUUGCUCUUCUCAUUGCUGACGCACCUCCUCAUGGCUUAGAUACCAAUGGUGAUGGAUUUCCAAAUGGUGAUCCAUCUGGACAUGAUCCAGUUGAAUGUGUGGCUUUACUUGCUGAACGUAGUAUUACUCUAUAUACAAUUGGUUGUGAACCAACAAUUACCCCUUAUCGUGAUUUUUUUAUGGCACUUGCCUUUAAAACUGGUGGUCAAUAUAUACCCUUAGCUAAUUGUAAUGAUUUAGCUUCAAUCAUUAUUGGUUCAGCAAGAGAGGAAAUUUCUAUGGAACGAUUAUUAGCACAAGUACAUGAAGAAGUUAUGCGUGAAGCAGCAUUACGUGGUGGUCCAGUUGAUGAAACUGAACUUACUCGUCGUAUACAUGAAGUAAUGCAUGGUGAUGGUGUUAAAGUACGUCGAUUAAAAGUAGAUAAUCAAGAUGGAACAACAAAUAUUCCACCGAUAACACCUGCUGCUGAACAUCUUUCUACACUAGCAAAUUUAAAAGAUGUUCGAGAAAAUUUUACAAUAGCUCCUACCACAUUUGGAGGAUUAUUUGGUAUAACUCCACCAGCGUCAACACUUUUUCGUACAUCAGCUAAGAAAACACGGACGCGUAAGAGUGCACCUACUAUUACAAAAGCACCAGCAAAACGUACAACAACACCUAAGACUAAGAUAACACCUACUACAAUUAAAAAGAAAACUCGACGAGAAAUAGUUCGUGGUAGUCGACGUAGUGCUCGAUUAGCAUUUACUAAAAAUAACGAUAGUGAUGAUGAUGAUGAUGAUGAUAAAGAAAAAUCAACAGAUGAAGAAGUAAUGGAUACCACAGAUGUUCCAAUACCAUCGACUGUUAAACCAGCGAGAAUGAAAACUGAAGUCUCUAAUAUAAGUUUAAAAGAUGAUGAAUUACUUGAUAUUAGUCAAACUCGAAGACUUGUUCGUAAAUGUGUUGCUCGCAAUAAACUCAAAUCAACCUGA